UCUGAAAUCUGAAGGAAGGUUGUGUAUGUUGCUGUGAUGUUUUGCUUUUCUUUCAUUUAUUAUUUUCUGCAAAUUUUGAAAUGGUUCUCGUUUGAAUCAUUUUGAACAAGCUUCAGUUGACAUUUAAAUCGAACAGUACCGAAACUCCCAGUCAUGGCCCUCACCGUAGAUCAGUGCGACAUUUUGCUGGGCCUCUUGGAAGUCCACAGCGUUCGGAACUUCACUUUGGAAGCACUCUCAAACGAAUUGCGGAAAAAAUUCGACAGCUCGGAGUACUUCAAAGUCGGAUCUUGCAUAAUCAUGCUCCUGCAAAACAGCCUGCUUCCUGAAGCCGAGCAACGAUUAGCUGCAUUAACUCUGCUCUUUGAGCUCUACAGGGGCGACUCUGUGGCAAAAACCCCUUUUGCCAACGUCUUCAUCCACCUUCUGUACCCACCGGAGCAGCAGAGCAGCGUGGGGGCCCCGAAACUAGAGUACCCUGGCCAGUUGCCGAGAUUAUCACCUCCAGAGAAACAUUUCAUUACGCAGCUCUUGUCGGAUUGUCCGAAAGACUCGCUAUUGAAGAAAACCGCGUUGCAGGUCGUCAACUCGGAUGCUUCUCCUCAGGGUAACUUUGAUUUUUCAUCCAUUCAGCUGGCUCUUGCUGAGAAGCAGUCGGAGCUGCCACAGAUGUGUAAAAAUGGGAUACCUGUGAUUCUGUCUAUACCCGAGAAAAGUACGAACAGCUACAGCUUGGAAGCAAUGAAGGACGAUGCCAUUGUCAAGAAGUUGGUUACCGGAGAUAAUCCCCCAGUCAACAGGGUUUACAAACCUGAGUUCGUGACCCUGGCUCCUCCUUUGAUGAACUGUCAGGAUGAGCCUGUGUGGCUGAACCCCACCACGCCCAAAGAGCACAGUAUAGCCUAUGAUACGACCAUGUGUGUGCCGGAUACGGCUGGCUAUGAAGCGCGUCAGCUCAUGAACAAGGCUUACAAGGCUGCUUUGUCUAUUCAGCAGCAACAGCAACUCCUGGGGGAGCUAGAGAAUGACUCGAAACUCGUGUACCACAUAGGUCUAACCCCUUCGAAGCUUCCGGACCUGGUGGAGAAUAAUCCCCUGAUAGCCAUCGAAGUUCUACUGAAACUCAUGCAGUCCAAGCAGAUUACGGAGUACUUCAGCGUUCUGGUCAACAUGGAGAUGUCCCUGCACUCUAUGGAAGUCGUCAACCGGUUAACUACGACCGUGGAUUUGCCUACGGAAUUCGUCCACCUGUACAUUUCAAAUUGCAUAUCGACUUGCGAAACCAUCAAGGACAGGUACAUGCAGAACCGGUUGGUGCGUCUCGUUUGCGUUUUCCUGCAGUCUCUCAUAAGGAAUAAGAUCAUCAACGUGCAGGAGCUGUUCAUAGAGGUGCAGGCGUUUUGCAUCGAGUUCAGCAGGAUUCGCGAAGCGGCUGCUUUGUUCAGGCUGUUGAAGCAGUUGGAGUCUGGAGAACUUGGCCUGGGAGCCUCCCCGACAACCAACGUAAAGAGCAAGUUGGAGGCGUGAAUUUGGUAUUUGUGUUUUUGCUCCCCCACAAUUUUUGUUGGCUCCAUGGAAUGUUGAUGUUUUGUCUCCGGGUUUCAUGAUCGUUUUGGAGAGCAACAAGGAUUUGAUGUUCAUUUUCAGUGUGCUUGUUUACGGGAUUUCAAGGGGAGAGUAAGAACUUCAUAAAACGACAUACCAAGUUCUUCCCUGGCUUAUAUGUCCUCGUUUAUAACAAUUAGCAAUGUGAUGAAUUCUUAUCAUGUAGUUUUGAGAAGUAAAACAAUUCUGUAUUAUUCAUAUUCGAAAUACUGUCCAAAACAAAUGCUUUUCCCAAU